AUGCGCAACGGCCAUGAUCGCCGUGGGAUGACGCUAUGCGAACGUCGCUCGGAACUGCGUCGACUCGGAGACACGGAAGCCAGAGCAAGCCUGAUCUGCAGACGCAAUUUCUCGCUUCCUUCGGAAGUGUGCGUGGAGCUUGUACGCGUCGCACGAGGCAGUCGACAGCCUCGAUCAGAAACCCCAGUUGUAUCCGACUUUCUGACCAGCCGUCUGACCGAGAAGCUGAGAUGCUCUUCGUCGUCGAAGCACGGAACGGAAAGGCGCGCACACGGGUCUGUCUCUGUGUUGCACUGCAGCUGA